CAAUCAAAAUUUAUGUUACAAAAAUCAUGUUUGUGACGUCACUACCUGUAUGAGAGUUAAUCAUUUCUCAGAUUUGAGAAAUAACAGCUUUUCUAGAAGAAGACAUUUACGGAAGUUUAUAAAUCAUGGAUGAUACACUUUUCCAGUUAAAGUUUACAACAAAACAGUUGGAAAGGUUAGCCAACAAAGCGGAAAAGGAACAAAAGAAAGAGCAAGCUAAAGUCAAAAAGGCUAUACAACAGAAGAAUAUAGAAGGUGCAAGAAUAUAUGCCGAGAAUGCAAUAAGGAAGAAGAAUGAAGGUCUCAAUUACCUCAGGUUUGCUGCCAGAGUUGAUGCUGUCGCCUCUAAAGUACAGACUGCUGUUACUAUGAAAUCAAUUACCAAAAGUAUCGGAGAUGUUACAAAAGCCCUUGACAAAGCAAUGAGUUCAAUGGAUUUAGAAAAGGUGGGAAAAAUUAUGGAGAAAUUUGAAAAGCAGUUUGAAGAUAUAGAUGUCCGUACUUCAACAUUAGAAAGUGCAAUGGGUACAGCAACAACCUUGUCCACACCUCAAGAUCAGGUGGAAGCUUUAAUAGUUGAAGUCGCCGAGGAGAGUGGUCUAGAAGUGAUGGACCAACUGAAAGACAUCAACCCUUCCACAGCCUCUGUACGAGAAUCUGCCGAUGCAAAACGUGAAGAUGAUCUAUCUAGAAGGUUACAAGCUCUCAGGAACUGACAAGAGGUUUUCCUUCCCUGUGAUAUAUUUGUACAUAAUUUUGUAAAUGUUCUCUGUAUAUAGUAAAUAUACAUUUUUAUUUACAUUGUUCAUUCUAAGUUACGGUAAAUGUGUUUUAUCACGAGUUGUUAAGACAUAUUGUAUCUUAACCUUAACCCUGCUAAAUUUCUAAAAUGGACUGGUCCAUUAUUCAGUUUGGGCAGUACCACUUCUUAUUCAAAGAGGGUGUUUACUGAAAAUUUACUGACUGAAUAGCGAACAGUGCAGACCAUGAUCAGACUGCCAGGACGUGCAGGCUAAUCUUGGUCCUCAGUGGUCGCAAAGGCAGAAUCACUUGUCGCCAGCAGGCUAAGGGUUAAAGAUAUCGAGUGCCCAUCUUUCACUAAGAUAUUUAUGUUAAGUUAUUUACUUCAAAUGAAGAAAAUCAUCAUCAGAUGUAUUGGACUUUCCUAAAUACAUAAAUUCAUUGUGAAUGUAGAGCUUUAUUCAUAAAUGUUAGGCAGUAACCGUCAAUUGAUAAAAAAACUUCCGUUUUUUACUGUUAGUACACAUUUAUACUAUGUUUAUAUAUACAUGUAUUAGGUAUGUAUUAUUUUAAACCUAAUGCAUACUUCUGUUAAUACAUAUUAACUUGUUAAAUUUUAUGUUUACAUAAACUAUAUGUAGUUAUUGUUCCUUUUUUCAAAUAUGAAACUUCGGUUUAAUAUACCUUUAAUGUACUACAUAUUUUUUAUACCAUGAAUUAAGGCAAGUAGUUUGAAUGCAUUUCAUAACGCAUAUCAGGUUAUGUAACAGUGUAAAAAUUGUUUCAUCACAUGUUUUAUGUAGGGCAGUGAAAUAAAGCCAUGUCAUAUUUUUUCAUAUUACCCUACUAUAAUAACAUUUUGAUGUUAACAUCAUUUUUUCAAGUAUAUUAGACUCUGAUCAAAUUGACCCUCUAAAACAGGUAAAGAAAGAAGAAAUUCAGAAAAGGCAAUAUGUGAUCAAAAAAGGUUUCAACAUUGAAUUUAGUAUACAUGUUAAACAGAAAUGAUAAAAUGCUCGCCAGAUUCCGGCAUUUUAAUUUGUUCAACUUCUUAAAAAAAUUCGGUAUGAACGGACUUGUAGAUUCUCCGUCUGUUUUACAAGCAAGAAAUGUGACAGGAGUAGAUGUGUUUUCUGGAGUGUAUAAACCUUUUGUUAAUUUUUACAGAAAAAGAAAUCAUGACUACUUACUGAUAUUUCUGUCAAUGUCAGUACUUUUAAAGAUUUUUAAGCAAAUUUUGUAACAUUUUUCAUUUUUAGUAAAUUCUGUUAGAGAUUUAUUUAACAGUAACAAACAAAAUGACAUAACAUAGAGUAAGUUCCUUAUUAGAAAUACAUAUUUUAUUACAUUUUUUUUUUGGAAAAUUUGUAAUAACUCCCCUUUAAUAUGAAAGUAUUCAAGAAAUGGACUAUUUUUUUUUUUAUUUCAAUAUAACUUCUAGUUUUACAUAAUUAUGUAUUUGAUAAUGAUGGAUAUUUCAGCAAUUUGAACCAAAAGGCAAGUUUAAAAACUGUUUGUAAUGCAUUUAUUUUCCAAUCUAUCCUGGUUGUGCAACCAAGAAAGGUAAAGGAAGGUAAUAAUAAUUUUACAAACUUGCAUUUCUAAUGAAUUUCAUAUAUAUAUAUGUCGGGGUAAAUCUUUGACAAAUGUAAAACGGUAGAUAUGAUAUUCAUAUCAUUCCAUAGGCAAAGUACGUUUGCAAACAGGAUAGGAAAGUCAAAUUUUAAAAAUACCUCUAUUGAAAAUCUAACUUGUAUUAAGAACCAAACUUGGGGAACAAGUACAAGUGUAAAUGAAAACAGUUGUUGAACUUCUGAACAAAUUUGUUACUUUGAUCAAAAUCUGAUUAACCUACUUUAAUAAAGUGACAAGUGUGUCUUUAAUUGACCAAAUAAACUUACAUUUUCAUAUUGACAAAUAUCACAGUUUCAUUAAAAUUUCUGGUUUACAAUAACCAACACCUUAAGAAGAUAAACAUUCAGUUUUCAUGUGCAUUACAUGUAAAAUAGCUGCUGUUAGUAUUAAUUUGUGACAUUGAUGUAACAGUAAUUAAAAACAUAUCUUUUCAAAGUUCAGUUGUGCAUAUUGUAACAGUAUUACACAUGUAUAUCAAGGAAAAUUGAGCUUGCUCCAAAAUGUUCACCCUUUUGAGGGCCUUGAUUUUAUUGUUUUAAUUCCUAUUGGUGUACUGGCAGACGCUUCAUAGUAUUAUCUGCAGAAACUAAAAACAAAACUGCAAGUACUUUGAUCUUACUGAAAACGUCCAUAGGCAAACUACAUACAGUUUAACUUUGUUUGCUCAAAGUCGAAGGGAGAAGCAAAAUUUGUUCAAGUUAGCAGUAGUUUGAACCAUAAAAAAAUAUACAUUAUGUCGAUAUUUUGUUGAGACCCGACGAUGAGUUUCAACGAAGUGGGGUAUACGAAUUAUCCAAUUUUGAAUGAACAAAGUUUGACGGUACCUCUUCAAAAAGUAACAUUUUUGUGUUAUUCAUGUCGAGGAUGUUUCUUCAUUCUAUAACUUGAACAGCUUUAGGGAGUUAGAAUGAGCAUUAGCAAAGACUGUUCUGUUAAGUAUCAUCAGAUCAUUUCUGAUAUACAUUGUUAUUUUUGUUUAAAACAUUCUGCAUGAAGCUGUCACUAUGUUGGCAAAUAGUCAUCAAAAUAAACUUUUUAACAAUAAAA